AUGUUGUUUCUUAUGAUAUUAUGUGUUGCGCUUUACGUGAUAGUACAGCUAGUAAGAACUGUACUACCACAGCGCUUCUUUGUCCCACCGCACAAUUGGAGGGAAAGGAUUCAGAAAGUUCUUGACUAUCCCAAACCGAUUUAUUUGAAAGUUGGAUCGAAGAGGUCAAGCUACAGAAGACGGUUAAUUCUAGCUAGCUCAUGUCCAUCUUUCUAUACGAAUUUCAUGAACAACAAGCUCAAAAUACAUGAUGAAGACAAAGAGAAUAAGCAAGCUUUUCAGGAGGAGAUGAAAAUCAGAGAUGGUAGUGACCCGAGAAGGAAAAUCCUUUUUGGUUUUUUUCAUCCAUAUGCUAACAACGGCGGUGGUGGGGAAAAGGUGCUAUGGCAAGCAGUAAAAGCAACUUUAUUGUCGGAUGAUAGAAAUAUUGCUGUAAUCUAUACGACUAAUCUUGAUGCCCAGCCAUUAGACAUAUUGAAUAAAGCUGAGGAGAAACUCAAUGUGAAAAAUAUUGAUUCCAAAAGAGUAGUAUUUAUAUACUUGAGAAGGUUCGGCAACCUUAUAAGUGAAUCCUAUUGGACACACUUUACUAUUAUUGGCCAACUCUUAGGAUCAGGCUUAUUAUCACUUGAAGCAAUGAAUGAAUUGUCUCCUGAUAUAUGGAUUGAUACGAUUGGUCUUCCAGGUAGUUACUGGUUAGUAAGCGUUGCGCUCAAAAUACCCAUAUUAAGUUACGUUCAUUAUCCCAUACUUCAAAAAGAAAUGUUCAAUAAGCUCAAGUUUCCAGAAUUCUCAAUGAAUCAACUUCGGAAGUUCAAAGGCACUGCAAGUGAUUUUUUUGCCUUAGGGAAGUUAAUAUAUUGGUCAAUAUUGUAUUACACUUAUAAGUUUUUAGGUUCUAAGGUUGAUAUCACUUUGACAAAUGGUACUUGGACUUACAACCAUUUAUCGACAGUGUGGUCUUUGAAUAUGAAUCGCAAAUUUGAAAUAUUAUAUCCGCCUUGUGGUCCUGCUGCGCAAACGAAUGAGAUAUUACCUACUGAAAAGGAAAACAAGUUGAUAUAUGUUGCCCAAUUCAGACCCGAGAAACGUCACGAAUUAAUAUUAUUAGAAUACUCGAAGUUUUUAAAAUCCUUUUCAUCUCAAAAGGGCCAAGUAAGGGACUUACCCACUAUUGUGUUUCUUGGAUCAUGUCGUACAAAAGACGAUACUUCAGUGUUGAAUGAUUUAAGAGAGACGAUAAAGAGGCUCGAUCUAGAAAAUUACGUUGAAUUGGUAAUCGAUUGUCCAUAUGACCAAAUGAUCUCAUAUUUGCGUAAAUCAAAAUAUGGAUUAAAUGCGAUGUGGAAUGAACACUUUGGUAUAGGCGUUGUGGAAUAUUUAAGCUACAAAGUAGUCCCAAUUUGCCAUGCAUCUGCAGGUCCAUGGAUUGAUAUCGUCGUUGAAGAGGGGGUCCCAAACACCAAAUGGUAUAAUAAUGUGGGCUUUUUCUUCAAAAGUUGCUCGGAUCCAGACUUUGAUGAAACAUUGCAAAGAAGCGAUACUGAGCUAUUAACUUUCAAUAUGAAAAACUCAAACGCUUCAGAUGGUAAGCCUAUAGAUUUUCCAAAUUUGUCACAAUUAUUUAUCAAAUUAUUUAUAUCACAUACUGAAAUGGUGACAGCCAAUCAUAUCACUACUAUGAAUAAGAGAGGACUUGAAAUAGCUGAGGACAGGUUUUCUGAUAGGGCGUUUGCUGAAAAAUGGAUGUCAUAUGUAGAAGAUUUAAAAAUGUUGGAGCGUAGUUACAGGGAAGAGAAAAGAUCUGGAGUGGAGACAGUAUAUUAG